UGGGUAGGUUUCAUACUUUGUUGCAAAGUCUGAUGAUUAUCAUCUGUUUAGUUCUUAGUUGUUUGGCAGAAGAGCCCUGAUCUGCGGGACACAAGUAUGAAGUUGCUGUCUUUCAUAUGGGUCCUUGGACUUCUCUGCACCCCACAGUCUUGGGGAUCUACAGAUGUCUGUAAGCACACGGGAUCCUGCAACGAGUGCAUCUUGUCCAGUGCCAGCUGCUCCUGGUGCAAUGCCAAGAACUUCACGAAAAGCGGGGAAUCGGAAGGCCUGCGCUGUGCGGUGCGUGCAGAGCUGCUAAGCCGAGGGUGUGACAAAGACCACAUUAUAGAUCCCCAUGGGUCAGUUAAUGUCCUGCAGGGCCAACCCCUGAGUGAAAGUGCUGACCAGGAGUCCGUCAUUCAACUCCACCCACAGGCAAUAAAUGUAAAACUGCGCCCUGGGGAACAAAGGAAAUUCCGGGUUGAGUUCAAGCGAGCAGAGGGUUACCCCAUUGACCUGUACUACUUGAUGGAUCUCUCAUACUCCAUGAAGGAUGAUUUAGAGAACAUGAAGAAGCUGGGCAGUGACAUUAAGAAAGCUCUGCAUAAAGUUACAAAAUCUGUGCAUAUUGGUUUUGGCUGUUUUGUGGAUAAAACAGUGUUGCCCUUUGUGAGUACAGUGAAAUCAAAGCUAGAGAAUCCAUGCCCACUCCGAGGAGAGAAAUGCCAACCACCUUUCAGCUACCGGCAUGUCCUGUCUCUCACCUCCAACCUCACCCUGUUCCAGAUGCGGGUCAGUGCAGAGAACAUCUCGGGGAAUUUGGAUAUGCCUGAAGGGGGACUGGAUGCCAUGCUCCAAGCAGCUGUCUGCACUGAUGUCAUUGGCUGGAGGAAUGUGACACGUCUCUUGGUAUUUGCAUCUGAUGAUGUAUUUCACUCUGCAGGAGAUGGAAAAUUGGCUGGGAUUUACUUACCCGCAGAUGGACACUGUCAUUUAAAUAGAAAUGCUGAGUACUCCCAGAGCUACUUGUAUGAUUAUCCCUCGGUGGGGCAUCUUGUCCAGGUCCUCACAGCAGCCAACAUUCAACCAAUCUUUGCCGUCACAAGCAGCGUUGUCUCUACCUACAAGGCGCUAAGCAACCUCAUCCCAAAAUCAGCAGUAGGAGAACUAAAGGAAGAUUCCAGCAAUGUGGUCAAUUUGAUUUCUGAAGCUUAUAAUAAUUUAUCUUCCACAAUAAACCUAGAACACGUGAACCUUCCCAAAGGGAUCCACAUCUCCUAUGAUUCACAUUGUUCUAACUCUUCCACAUUAGGAAAAGCCCAGGGUCAGUGUUCCGGGGUUCGAAUUAACCAGACGGUUAGUUUUGACGUAACCCUGUGGAUGGACAAGACGCUGUGCCAGCAGGGAAAGCAGAGUUUUCAGCUCAGAGUGUUGGGCUUCACUGAGGAGCUUAAGGUGGAUGUGGAGCCUCUGUGUGCCUGUGACUGCAAAGAUAAAGAGUUAUUCUCUGACUACUGCAGCAGGGGCCUUGGCAAUUACAGCUGUGGCAUCUGCAGUUGCCUGGAAGGCCACAGUGGGAAGCAUUGUGAGUGCCCUUUAGAAAAGCAUAAUAAUGACAAAGCAUGCUGGAGCAAUAGCCACCUGCUAUGCAGUGGGCACGGGAGAUGCCAGUGUGGGCGCUGUGCCUGUGACGUUUCCUUUCGGGGAGAUCUGUGCCAAUGUGAUGAUACCAGCUGUGAAAGAUUUGAAGGGAAGCUGUGUGGAGGCAUUACCAGGGGAGUGUGUGAGUGCGGCACAUGCAAGUGCUCCGAUGGCUACACAGGUAGUGCUUGUGGCUGCAGUACGGAUACGAGUGGCUGCAGGACUAAUGAUACCCUGUGCAGCGGGCAUGGGAGCUGCGAGUGCAACAAGUGCAAGUGUCACCCAGGAUACUAUAACAAGUGGUGCAGCGAGUGUCCUGAGUGCCAAACUAUAUGCAAGAAACUCACGAACUGCGCGGAAUGCAAAGCAUUUGGAAAGGGCUUUCUGAAACACAACUGCAGCUCCUCCUGUCAGAAUAUAAAUGUCACCCUGGCCAAAGCCCCUCUCACUGGAGUCAGGGAAAAACUGUGUAAGGAAAAGGGAGAAGACUUCAUUACAUUCCUUGUGAGGGAAGAGGGGGAUUUCUUUCAUGUAACCGUGGAAGAAAAGCAAGAAACUGCACCUGUAACAAAGCAUCUCAUCCUUGGCCUGACUCUCGGCAUCGUCUUUAUUGGACUCCUCAUUAUUUUAGCUUUCCGUAUUACUGUGGAAAUCUAUGACAGACAGGAGUACAAUCGCUUCCAGAAAGAGAGAAGUAAUGCACAAUGGAAUGAGCUAAACAAUCCUCUGUAUAAAAGUGCUACAACAACUGUGAAGAACCCACAUUUCAUUGAGUAGUAAGCAAGAAACCUCUUGUUCUUCAGCGUCAGGCCAAACGUUGUUUUGGUUUCCCAUUCAGACCUGGGGAAAUAUAUGGAGGCCCUGUAUGGUUUUCUCAGAACACUGCACUAAAGGAGUACCCAGAAUGCAUCUCAGAUAAAUGGAGCAGAAUUUUAAAGGAUAAUGGACUCUAUGUCCACUGCCAAGGCCUGUGCCUAUUUUAACAUUUCUAAAAAGCUGAUACAAAUGUAUACUAUACUAUAUAGCCGAGUAUAAACAAUACACUGCAGAGAUUAAAUGUUUUAGCACUGAGUUCAUAAUAAACAGUGUAACACUGGUCA